CGCGAAUGGCGAUUAUGAAUUAAACCCGAAACACUUUUGUAUACGAAUACUUCAUUUCAGUUUUGAAAUAAAUUUACUUCAGUACACAUCCGGACUUGUUCCAAAUAAUCAGAUUAUAGUUAAACAAACAGCAUACUUAAACAAAAAUAAUAAUUUUGCUCUCGACCUUUGUUGCGUUUUAAUUUUUUCAUAAAUAAAUUGCCAAUUUAAACACACCGUUCUUGCAUCGUUAUUUCUUUACGAAUUUUUUUUUAAAAAGAAAUGAAGAUGAACACAUUAUUUGUGAUCGCAAUGCUUGUUACUGCGUUCACUACACAAGACGUAACAGGAAAUUCGACUAUUUCGCUGGGUAACCGAGAUAAAGUAUUCCCAAUGUCGAAAAGCCAAACGAAUGAACUUCUAGAGGCUAUCGAACAGGAUGAUGUGCCAAAAGUGAGAUCUUUGAUCAGUGGAAGAAUGAAUAUGAGUAUUCAAUUUGACAAUGAGGAAACUCCAUUGCAUAUAGCUGCUAAAAUGGGACAUUUAAAUGUUACUCAAGUGCUUAUUGAUAAUAAAGCCAAUGUCAAUAACAAGGAUAAUUUUGGAAAGACACCACUACACUGGGCAGCUGGACAAGGAGAUGUGAACAUCGUUCGAAUGCUCAUUACUAAUAAAGCUGACAUCGAAGCUAGAGACAAAUACAACAAGUCACCAUUGCACUGGGCAGCUGGAGAAGGUCAUGUGGAAAUUGUUAAAUUUCUCAUCGAACAUGGUGCCGAAGUCAAUGAUAAAACCAUAAAUGGAAAGACAGCACUUCAUAAGGCUGCAAAACGGGGUCAUUUGAAUGUCAGUCAACUGCUCAUUGAAAAUGGAGCCAUCAUCGAUGCUAAAGACAUAUAUGAAAGGACACCAAUUUAUCUUGCAGCUAAAGAAGGACAUGUGGAACUUGUUAAAUUUCUCAUCGAACACCGUGCCGAUAUCAAUAGUAGAAACAUAUAUGGAGAGACAACACUGAUGGAGGCUGCAUAUCGAGGUCAUAAGAAUGUCACUCAACUGCUCAUUGAAAAUGGAGCCAUCAUCAAUACUAAGAACAUAUCUGAAAAGACACCAGAUUACCUUGCAGCUGAUCGAGUGUUGCUUUACAUUAUUUUGGCUACGAUGUUGCUGCUUCCAAUAUAUCUCGUUUAUAUCGUAUGUCAGAUUCACAAUCGUCUCCGGAUCGGAAAAUUAAUCGGUCGUGGUCACUUGACUGAUGUAUAUAAGGGAGAACUUUUGCCGAUGAUUCCAUGUUUUGAAAAGAAAACAGUAGCUAUCAAAAGGAUUAAAUCCUGCAGCGGCAGUUUCUCAGGAACAAGUGAACUAUUGGCAGAGAUAAAUAUUGUAAAACGUUUGCCCAAACAUUCCAAUGUGGUUCGUUUUAUUGGUGCAGUCAUUAAGAACCCGCUCAAAGGUGAAAUCAAAGUCAUUUAUGAAUUCUGCCCAUAUGGUGAUCUCAAAAGUUUCUUGAAGAAAAAUAGACAAUCUUCAAACAUAAAUCAAAAACCACAACGAGCGUAUUAUGGGCGUGGAGAAGAAGCAAAUCCCUCCGACGCAUCAUUUGGUUAUCUUCAAACACCCAAUUUUCCAUAUACAACAUUGGAUCUACUCAAUUGGUCCGCCCAAGUGGCAAAAGGAUUACAGUUUUUGGCUUCAAAUGAUCCUCCCAUCAUACACCGUGAUCUAGCUGUUCGAAAUAUCUUGCUUUGUGAAAAUAAAGUGGUGAAAAUUGGUGAUUUCGGUCUGUCACGGCAACUGAUUGGAUGUGAAUAUUAUAAGAAAACAUCAUGGGGUCUUGAUCCAAUCCCAUGGAUGGCUAUUGAAUCAUUUCCAGAAGAAAAUGAACCGAAAUUCAGUGUAAAGUCGGAUGUUUGGUCGUUUGGUGUUGUGCUGUGGGAACUAUUUUCAGAAGGAAACGAUCCAGAUUACGUCCCAUUAGACAACUUGAAAUAUGGCCUCCGAUUACGAAAACCAAAAAAAGGCUACGAAAGAAAUGUAUAAACUUAUGAUGUCUUGUUGGGAGGAAAAUCCAGAGGAUCGUCCAACAUGUGAUCAAUUAGAAAAAGCGCUUUCGAAAAUGUAUUUGACUGCACUGAAAGCUGAUGAAGGUCGACAUAACGAUGAUGAAAGCUUAAAAACCGUGAGAGUCGAUGCAGCAAGCUUAAAAAAUGUUCAAAAAUACUGAUUUACGCUCUUAAAAUUCGUCAUAUACGGUCGAAUAAAUAAAUUUAGGAUUGAA